UUCCGCGUCCCCGCCGCCGGAGGAGGUGCCCGCACGCUCGCGGCGCGCGCCGGGCCGCCACACUCGGCCUCUGGGCGAUUUCCUCCGGACCCGAGCUCCCCGCCCGAGGAGGAAGAUGCAGACCUUUCUGAAAGGGAAGAGAGUUGGCUACUGGCUGAGCGAGAAGAAAAUCAAGAAGCUGAAUUUCCAGGCCUUCGCCGAGCUGUGCAGGAAACGAGGGAUAGAAGUUGUGCAGCUGAACCUCAGCCGGCCGAUCGAGGAGCAGGGCCCCCUGGACGUCAUCAUCCACAAGCUGACCGAUGUCAUCCUCGAGGCCGACCAGAACGACAGCCAGUCCCUGGAGCUGGUCCACAGGUUCCAGGAAUACAUCGAUGCACACCCUGAGACCAUUGUCCUGGACCCCCUUCCUGCCAUCAGGACCCUGCUCGACCGCUCCAAGUCCUAUGAACUCAUCCGGAAGAUCGAGGCCUACAUGAAAGAUGACAGGAUCUGCUCGCCACCCUUCAUGGAGCUCACGAGCCUGUGUGGAGACGACACCAUGAGGCUCCUGGAGAAGAAUGGCCUGGCAUUCCCCUUCAUCUGCAAAACCAGAGUGGCUCAUGGCACCAACUCUCAUGAGAUGGCCAUCGUGUUCAACCAGGAGGGUUUGAGUGCCAUCCGGCCGCCCUGUGUGGUCCAGAACUUCAUCAACCACAACGCUGUUCUGUACAAGGUGUUUGUGGUGGGCGAGUCCUACACCGUGGUCCAGAGGCCGUCGCUGAAGAAUUUCUCUGCCGGCACAUCAGGCUCCUCCCCAGGACCGUCUCUCAUGCCCCCCGUCUGGACGGGCUCUGGUCGGAGCGGCGGGAGGACUGUCGGGCACAUCGGGGCGGCAAGGGGCCUGUGCGCCCCACUAGCGGGAAGGACGCCAGACCGUGAGUCCAUCUUCUUCAACAGCCACAACGUGUCAAAGCCGGAGUCUUCAUCGGUACUGACUGCGCUGGACAAGAUCGAGGGCGUGUUCGAGCGGCCGAGUGACGAGGUCAUCCGGGAGCUGUCCCGGGCCCUUCGGCAGGCGCUGGGCGUGUCGCUCUUCGGGAUCGACAUCAUCAUCAACAACCAGACGGGACAGCACGCCGUCAUCGACAUCAACGCCUUCCCAGGCUACGAGGGCGUCAGCGAGUUCUUCACAGACCUCCUGAACCAUGUGGCCACCGUCCUGCAGGGCCAGAGCACGGCCGCGGCAGCCGUGGGGGACGUGGCCCCGCUGAGGCACAGCAGGCUCCUGGUGGAGCAGGCGGGGGGCCUGGCGGCCGAGCGGACAUGCAGUGCUGGCCCUGGGUGCUGCGGCCGCAGGCUGAGCCAGGACCCGCCCUGGGCGGCGGAGGCCGAUGCGGGCGGCCUGGGCGCGGGCGGCGCCGCCAAGCUGCCCCACCAGAGACUCGGCUGCACCACCACUGUAUCGCCCAGCUUCCAGCAGCACUGCGUGGCCUCGCUGGCCACGAAGGCCUCCUCCCAGUAGCCACGGAGCCCUGGACCCAGAGGGCGGCGCGGGCCGCAGAGUGCAUCUGCCGGGCCAGCAGCUCCCAGCGGCGACGCUCCUACUAAGAAUUCCCAGUGAUCUGAUUCUUUGUUGUUGGUUUUUUUUUUUUUUUUAAUUUUUAACCUGAUUUCCUGAUGUCAUGAUCUAAGUAAGGGGUGGUGGAGGGGGGGGAGAUAGAAAAGGACACCAAGUGGCCCAGCCUUGGGGACGAUGCCUGGUACGUGCUGUGCAGACGUCUUCCCUGGGUUUACACUUGCUAUGUCUUCAACACUAGGUCUGAAUGUGAGGUGGGGUGUGCGUGCGCGUGUGCGGCUGCCAUGCGUGUGCAUGUGCACAUCCACGUCUGUUCGUCUCGAUGGCUGCUGUGGACCAGGCCGCGGGGACCCUGGAGGAGGGGCACUCCUGGGUCAGGCUUUUGGCGGCUGAACAGAGCGAGUGAGAGGUUCCUCCUCUCUCGCUUUUCUCCAAGCCCCUCGCACCCAGGCCUGGCCCCCUUGCUGUCACCUCCACAGCUUUGCAAGGAACGGUGCCCAAGCCCCAAGCAGGUGUACGGAUGGCUCUCCCUCUGAAGAGCCAGAGGAAGCCAGAGGCACCCCUACUGUUUCCUUGGGGGGGCUCCGUGCAGGGGGUCCGGGCUGUGGUCCUCCUGUUGUCAGCUCCCAGAAAGGAAAAAGGAACCUUCCUGGGGGCGGCUAAGAUCCCGUGUGGGCCUCUGUUCUCCACGUCCAGCUCCCUGGAGUCUGUCAGGCACUUCAACACGUGUCCCUACAGCCCUGCAAGGGGGCCUCCCUCCCUGACCAAGCCCUGCUCCCCAAGGCCCCGGAGCAGGCUGCCUAGUUGGGAGCCCCCAAGGCUGAUCCUGCCUGUGCCAAGGAUUUGUGCCGUGACUGUAGACAGAUCAUCCCAGGCGUUGCUGGGCGUCCACGUCCUCAUCUGAUGAGCCGUUGAGACCAGAGAACUCUGAAGGGCAGGCUUGGUGCCCUAGACUCUGCGGUGCAGCCUGCUUCUCCGAGAAGUUAACCCAAUGAGUCUCCCCUUGGCAUUGAGGUGAUUCAGGGCCCUCUUCCCCCAGCAGGGGGAUGGGGGGCUGCCUGUACGCUUCACAUCUUUUCACACCGCCUGUAGGCCCGCCCCACCCUUCCUGUUCUCACUUCAAGCCCCAAGCACAAAGCCAGCCAAGUGUGAGGGGGGCUGCAGCCCCGGGGGUGAGGAAACUGUCACCCCUCCUCCCUGAGAGUCACCCCAGCCUCUGAUGGCAGCGGACACCACCGGCUGAUCGUCAGCUACCACGGUGCCGGUGAGCAGACCACCCGCCCCUCUGCAGAGAAGGGGGCCAGGGAGGGGCUUUGCCAGUCCUGGGAGAAUGUGAGCCUGGAUGAAAUGCAUAGGAGCCCCCUGAGCAUGAUCUCAUGUCCUGAGACAUCCAUUCACUUUGAGAAAGUGGGAAAGGCGUCCGGGCUGUCCCGCAUGGUCCGUUGCAGACGGCCCAAGAGAAGCUGCUGACCCGGGCACCCAGAGGUACCUUCCGGCGUGAGGGUCACCCACCUUUGGGACAGGAAGGGCUGGGUGGGGGCCGCCCUCAAGCUGCACUGGGCCUAGGCUGAGAGGGCAGGUGUGGUCAGGACUGCCCGGCUACCCUGGAAAUGGAGGGCCUACCGACUAACUGCGUUUACACGACUUGAGUGUUGAACCCCUAUUAUAAUGUCUGUACAGCGCCUUUCCUAGUCCAACCCUGAGCCCCGGGGAAGCAGGAAAGCGUGGCUGGCCUCUUGCACUGCUUUGACUCCAAAAUAAACUACUGAAAUCAAACUGCAUUUCACAUGUGUUUACAGAUGCUGUUGAAAGUUCAUGUCCUUCUGGUCUCUCAAUAAAACAGCUUUACCUUCUUAAA